AUGAAUUCAAACGAUCUUGUUAAAAAUAUUCUCAAACGUGAUGUUGAUGAACAAGAUAAAAUAUUAAAAUCAACAGAAGUUAUUAAACCAUGUCCUGUUGAUGUUGAUCUUGGUAAUUUACUUGUUUGGGAUCCAAAUGUUAUUGAUCAACAAGCAUACAAAGAAAAUCGAGAUGAAUAUAUCAAAAAUACAAUGCGCGAUAAUAUGCAAUUGCUUGUCAAUGCCUUGUGGCAGAUGCCUAUCGAACGGCAUGAUAAUACUGUUGUGGCAAAAUUACCAGACGCAAAAACAAUCGUACCACGAGAAAAACCUGUUCCAAAACCUAAACCUUUAACUAAAUGGCAAAAAUUUGCUCAAAGUAAAGGUAUUGUCAAAAAGAAGAAGAGUAAAUUCGUUUGGGAUGAAACGAAAAAAGAAUGGGGUCGUCGUUAUGGUUAUAAAAAAGCAAAUGAUGAAACAAAACCGUGGCUUAUUGAAGUACCAACUACUGCUGAUCCCAGCGAAGAUCAAUUUGCUAAACGUUUGGCAGCUAAAAAAGAACGUGUUGCUAAAAAUGAAUUUCAACGUUUAAAAAAUAUUGCUCAUUCAAAGAAAAUAAAUAUGCGAAAUGACGGAGCAAUUAUCAAUAAGAAAUCAUCAGCCGUCGAUGUGAAAAAGGCUUUAGCAACAGCGAAAUAUUCUGAUGCAAGCAUGGGUCAAUUUUCCGAACGUGCUGCAGUUAAUGAAGAGCAACAAACACGUGGUUUUAAUAAAAAAAGAAAAUAUGAAUCUAAUUUGGGCAGUUUGAAAAGUGAAACCAACAAGCAACUGAAAAUUUUUGAACAAAUGAAUUCAUCAACAAAGAAAUAA